UUUGAACAGUGUGAUUUCCUUGUGAUAAUAUUUAGGAAGGGAGCGGGUUAAGACGUAUUUCUGCGACCGGCUCACGGAAGAGGAACAUGGCUGAAGUUCAUGAUGAUGAUGACCAGGACAUUGUGGAUGCCUUUCAGUUUUUUCCAAAGAGGCGGGGUGCAUCAGCCAAAGGCACUAGUAAGACUACUGAAGAAGUGGACUCUGUCCCAGGAGGCAGUGAAUCAGCAGAGUCUGAUCGUUACCGCUACAAGAUGGACUAUCCCUCCAUGGGAAUCUGUUUGAUCAUCAACAAUAAGAACUUCCACCGUAGGACAGGGAUGAGUAUUCGUAAUGGGACGGAUAUUGAUGCUGCUUGUGCUAUGAAGACCUUCUCUCGUCUAGGUUAUAAGGUCACAAUUGCCAAUGACCAGACUGUGGAGGAUAUGGUAAAGCUGCUGUUAAAAGCAUCCCAGGAGGACCACAGUAAGAAUGCAUCGUUUGUAUGUGUGUUGCUGAGUCACGGAGAUGAGGGGGUGAUAUAUGGCACAGACGGCUAUGAAAAGAUAGAAACCCUCACAAAGUACUUUAAAGGAUAUCGCUGCAGAAGUCUCUUGGGGAAACCAAAGCUUUUCUUCAUACAGGCGUGCCGUGGUUCAGCUCUGGAUGACGGAGCCCUCAUCGAGACCGACAGUGUAGAAGAGCAAGCAUCAGAGAGGAUUCCCGUGGAGGCAGAUUUCCUGUAUGCCUAUUCCACUGCUCCAGGAUACUACUCAUGGAGAAACACGUCCAACGGCUCCUGGUUCAUGCAGGCAUUGUGUGACAAGCUGCAGCGUUACAGUGGACAGCUGGAGCUGAUGCAGAUCAUGACUCGAGUCAACCACAAGGUGGCGCGAUACUUUGAGUCUUCCUCCAACCUACCUGGAUAUGAUGGCAAGAAGCAGAUCCCCUGUAUUGUCUCAAUGUUGACCAAAGAUGUCUACUUUCCCCCACUAGAUUAAAAUAGACCUGCUUAACCUUGAAGAAACCACGUACCUGUAGGAAACGAGUGACCGCGCUGGUUUUAGCAAUUUCACAUCCAUCUAAUUUGCCUUCAGAGAUGUUUUGCUUUCUUUGCCCACACACCAAAGUGAUGUGGUGCACUGUGUAGGUAGUGCAAACAGGUCAGCACUAGUUUUAAUAGGGGAUAAAAGGGAACAGAUGAGUGAGGGUUUCUCUUCAAUUUGAACUAUUUUUUUAUUACAGGUUUUUAUUGUUUGGUCUUUUAGAAAACCUCCUGCUUUUUACCGCACUAACACACACAAAUAAUGUAAAUCACUGUGACUGUGUUCUUUAAGGGGUGAUCCUUGUCUUCUGUAAAAAAGUUUAUCUCAAAUAUAAUCUAUGUAAAAAUAUAAAAAGAAUUAUGUAAAAAAUAUUUUUCUGCCUUCAGAAUGUCCAAUCUCAAACUCAGGACUGUGACAUAAAUAUAACGCCACACAUUUCAGGCAAGAUAGGUUUCAAAAAAUAAAUGCAAAGAAAAACAAACUUAUUUCCUUCUUUACAAUCACUUCUUUACCUGAGGUUUUAAUGUGCUGUUGCUUCAAAAAUCCUGGAAGCUGUUUGCUGCAGUGUGUACAAAUAAAAUUCCUGAAUCAAAAAGAAAUAACAUUAGUUGGAGUGAUUGCAUAAUAGGAUGUUCUCUGACUGUAAGUGAUACCUAACUUCAGCUGAGUACUUCUGUAUCUGAUAAAUCCUGUCUUUUCAAAUCGUUGAUCCCAAACAUUUUAAGGAAAAAAAAAAAAAUAGAGGGUAACAUUCUGAGAUCAGGACUUGACAAUUUGUGUAUUGUGAUCAUUUUUUUGUACCUGGUUUGUAUUUAUCAACACUAAUGAGAGUUUCUGUUUGUACGUCAAGGCUGAUAAAGGUAAUAGCCUGGCUAUUGAA